UUCUUCGCAGAAAAUGCACACAUCUAUUAUUCACAUUCUUUUUUUUAGUAUAACUAGUGCAUGAUCAGCCAAUUAAAACAACUCACUAGAUUAUUGACGAUCUUCAAUUAGUUGAGGUUGCUGUGAUUUUACUCUUUACUCUCUUCUACAUUCGAAGAACUCAAUGAACAGCUAUACAUUUAAUGACAAAUAAGAUUAGAGAAAUGAGACAGAGAAUGUUAAAAUCCAUUAUGCAGAUAAUCGGUGAAGAAUUUACAUUAUGAAAUAAUUUCUUUUCUUUGUCAUAUUAACGCGUUUCUAGCAAAAAAAUCCCAAUAUUAGUGAACGCAUGGAGUCAUGUCUACUAAGAAUUAGUCAGUCUUCGAUCUAAUGCAUAGACGUAACUGAAACGAACUAUAUUUCACGAACUUGAAAUGAUGUCGAGUGAUGGUUGGGAGUUAAAUCGCAUUCUAGGGAGUGGAGGUUUUGGAAUCGUCGAACUCUGGAAACAUGUACAAAGUGGCACAAAAAUUGCAAUAAAAAGAUGUAAGUGGAAUUAUUCGGAAUUAAUGCCAAUACAACAAAAGAGAUGGGCCUAUGAAAUUGAAAUAAUGAAACACUUGAAACAUCCAAACAUUGUGAGAACAGGACAUAUUCCAUUCAAAUUACCAAAUAUGGAAGAAAACCAGCCAAUUCUGUGUAUGGAAUACUGUAGAAAGGGAGAUUUGAGAAAAAUUUUAAAUCAACCAGAAAACUGUUGUGGAAUUAGCGAAAUGGAAGCAGUGAAAGUAAUGAGUGAGAUUUCAUCAGCUGUGGAGUAUCUACAUUCAUAUAAGAUAACUCAUCGUGAUUUAAAGCCAGAGAACAUAGUUUUACAAGACGAACAGAAUAUGAUUUCCUAUAAGUUGAUAGACCUUGGAUAUGCUAAAGAACUUGGGGAAACAAGUGCAUCUGCCUCUUUAGUGGGCACGUUAAAUUAUGUUGCUCCAGAACUUCUAUGGAAAAAAAAAUAUAGUUGCUCUGUUGAUUAUUGGAGCUUAGGAAUAUUGUUUUACGAACUUAUAACUGGAACGAGACCAUUUUUACCAACAAUGCAACAUACUAUGGAAUGGAUGAAAUAUAUUAAAAAUAAAAGUUAUGACGAUAUUCAUGCUUAUGAGUCAGAAGGAAAAGUCAUUUUUGGGAAGGAUAUUCAAAAUCCAACUCGUUUAUCGGAAUGUCUCCAGACCAAAAUGAUUCACUGGUUCAGGUUAGUUUUACAAUGGGAUCCACACAAAAGAGGUAAAACGCUUGACGACUCUGGUAAAUUCCAUCCAGCAGUAUUUACAAUGUUACGACAUACGUUAUCAAACAAAAUGCUAUAUGUUUUCUGCCUGCCAUUUUACAAAAUUAAUACAUACGAAAUUGAUAAUAUUACUACUCUCAGAGAUAUUAAAUUAUUAAUAGAAAGAGACACUAAUAUUAAAGUUAAGGAUCAAGUGUUGACUGAUUACAAAGGUGCAGUAUUGACUGAAAGUAUUGCGUCACUUGCAUCACAAAUUAAUGAUUACAUUUUAUUCCUCUUUAGAAAUGGAAAUUGUUUAAUCGAAGUUAUGCCUGCAUUAAAUAUUCCUACUGCAGUGGAGAAAAUGAUGAUAGAAUCAAAAAAUGAUUUGAAUUAUGAAGUAGUGAAAGACUAUUAUCGCCAUACAAUGUAUUUUACCAAAAAAGAAGUAGAUUUAUUUCAAUUGUAUAUUUUUGCGCUUAAUAUAAGUGUAGAUUUAUUAAUUAAAAAAAUCGAUAUAUUUAAUACGAAUAUGGAGAAGGCACUGGAGAAUAUAAAGAUUCUUACGGAUCAAGUGCAUAUGCUUCGUAUGAAAUAUACAAGUUCAAUGAACGAGGACGCAACUGAAAAGAAAGUACAAAUUUAUUUUUACAAAGUUGACAAAUUAGUUAGUGCAGCAGAUCAAAUAAGAAUGAGGUUUAUGUCUUUGAAGGAAGAUAAUAAUAGAUUAAGAGAUCAAGUUCAAGCUACCGAUUGUACAGGAAAUUUAUCAGAAUUGUACAUUCAAAUGUGUGACAUAUAUGUAAAAUUUAAAAAAGAAAAUCCACAUAGAAUAGUAAAGCCAUUGAACAUGUCAAAAUUAGUGUUUGGAUUUGUAAAUGCACGUGAAACAGAACUUCGUAAAGAAAAUAUAACUGAUAUUACAAGGCAAAUAGAUAAACUACAAGACGAACUGUCAAAACUAGAAAAAGUAUUUAUUUCUGUUACUACCAUAACGGAAUUAUAUUUGCAAGAAUAUCAAAGAAUCAUAUGUUUUGACGCUAACAGUGUCCCUCAGCAAUGUAACAAUUAUCAAUCUUUGAAUACCUCUACUGCUGAAAUAGAUAGCGUUAUCCAAUCAGAAGUUAAUGUGAUAUAUGAUAAUUUGAUCAUGCGUUACAAAUUGGAUAAUAUGAUAGCUGAACUGAAGAAGAAAUAUGUUGAAGUGGUUAAAUUGGACCCGUGAUUAAAGAUAUUGGUCAUACAUUUAAUUCAUUAUGCGUUAUAUGUCAUGAAGUACAAUUUACUAUUAAAGCAUACUCUAGCCUACUAAUUUUAAUUUUCGUGUUUGAACAUUCAAUCCUUGAAGCCUGCCUGUCUUAAUACACGUGGAACAUAAUGUCGUACACCCCAUUUAAUGUUGGCAAGUUUGUCAGUCUUAACGAACGUGUAGACAGGUUUAGUCAAUACUGGCUUCAAUCUUGCUUGAUAUCUGUCGUUUCGAUCUGUUAAAAAAAUUGUUGAAAUAUUUUUAUAACUUUGACUUUUAUAAAAACGGAUUGACUUUAUAAACACCUUAUGCACAUGCAAUAUAUUCUUCACAUAUAGAUACAUAUAUUAGAUAUAUAAAACUUAAUUUUUAUAACACAUUUUAGAAAAAUGAGAACAGUUUUUUGUAAAUGAAAAUAUUAUUCAUAAUUUCCGAUUAUGUCCGAAUUAUAAGCGAAUGUAUUAUAGUUGUGAGAAAAUAUAUUUGAUGAAUUUUAAAUAUUUUUAUUUAUCUUAAUACAUAUAAUUUUUUAAAUUAUGUAAUUUUGAUAUUUUUUUGAUAACUUACCCUUUUCAAGUGCAACAACCAUGAUAUGUAAGAAAAGGUAGAAUAUAAAAUAGAUUAUAAACAUCUGAAAUACAGAAUCGUGAUAUCUUAUGUAUAUAACAGAUGUCUAUUGUAUCAAAUAUAUAGCAUCAAAUGUACUCACUUGCAUUGUACGAAAUAUUACGCGCAUUGUUGACAUAUGUCAGAUAUCUAUUUCGUUGUCGAUAUUCUUUUAGACUGUCUCUGUAACAGAUGAGCGGAUACUUUGUUGUGUUUAUAAUAAAAAGUGCAAUGGUUGAGUGAUCUUUUGUGUGCUCCGUAUAGAUGUAUGUGUGUAUAGCUCUUAAAUAUCUCGCUUUCUCUUAACCCAGAUUUUAUGAUACUUAUUACUUUUGUAUAUUGUCAUUGAAAGUAUAGAGCAUAUUUGUCCAUUAAUUCUAAUAGAUGCAUAUUUUAAUAGGAUACAAUAUUUUUGUACUAAUAUAUUUUAUUAGAAAACUGUAUACAAAUCCCAAUUUAAGGAUUGAACACAUCCAAAUUGAGGAUUGAACAACGAUGUUAAAAUAAAUAUUAUGUUCUUU